AGUGUUUCAGUUUAAACCAAAUCGCACACCAUAAAAACCAGUGUCUGCAUUCGGUAUUUUUAGAUUUUUCAUAAACUGCAUUAUAAGGCUUUUUCAAACAACAUGACCAACACAUUAGAGCCCAAAUAGGGUCAUAAUAUUGUAUUUGUUUAACACCAGUUAUUAAAUAUAUAUAUAUUUUUGUGCUUGUGUUAACAGUUAGUGAUUGGACAUUGCUGUUCCUUGUGAAAGAUCUUGUUUUGCCACAUACUCAGACCUGUAAUACACUGAUCCACAAACAGUCAAAUCAAAUCAAAACAGUACAUGGAAGACCAAAAUUGUCUCAUUGAUGUGGGCCCUACAAGGGAAGAAGUGACAGGUGAGGGUUUCCCAGUCGCUCCUCCUCCCAUCUACACCUGCACCCUGACUCCUGAGCUGGUGGCCAAGGCACGUGAGCAGCUCCAGGAGAAGCCAGAAUGGAGGCCCCGGGAUGUCCAGGCAUUAAGAGAUAUGAUACUAAAAGACCACCCUAAUCUGAGAACGCGCUUGGAUGAUGCAUUUCUCCUGCGCUUCCUCAGGGCCAGAAAGUUUGAUUAUGACCGAGCCCUUCAGCUUCUUCUGAAUUAUCAUGCCAGCAGGAAAGCCUGGCCUGAGGUGUUUCAGGAUCUGAAGCCCUCCGCAGUGAAGCAUGUGCUGGACCUGGGCUUUCUCACUGUCCUGCCCAGACCAGAUCCACACGGACGGUACAUACUGUGUUUACGUCCAGGUAAAUGGAGGCCUAAUGACUAUCCAUUUGUCGACAACAUUCGGGCCAUUUAUUUGACUUUAGAGAAGCUGAUUCAGCCCGAGGAAACCCAAGUGAAUGGAAUUGUUAUCCUGGUGGAUUAUGCAGGGGUUGGUCUCUCUCAAGCCUCUAAUCCAGGUCCUCUCCUAGCAAAGAAAGUUGUUAGCAUUCUUCAGGAUGGAUUCCCAAUAAGAAUAAAAGCAGUAAACAUUAUAAAUGAGCCACGUAUCUUCAAGGGUAUUUUUGCGAUAAUCAAGCCCUUUCUUAAAGAGAAAAUGGCGGAGAGGUUUGUUUUACAUGGCUCAGACUUGGCUUCUCUCCAUCGGGUCAUCCCUCCAUCUGUGUUGCCUGAAGAGUAUGGAGGAGUGUCUGGUAGACUUGACAUGUCAGCCUGGUCCAGAACGCUGCUGGAGGCUGAGGAAGAGUUUGUGGUGGAGUUUUGUCAGCCUGAUCCUCUGGAGGGAGUAAUUCUUCCAGACUCCAUGCUGUUUGAGGGAGAGCAAGCAGGAGCUCAUGGAGAGGAUUCUUUCAGACAUCUACGUUCUCAGCUUUACUAUUGUUACUGACCUCUGGUGACCUUGUCCCUGGUUCUUUUGAAGGUCAAGAUACAUACACUGUUUGCACAGUUCUGUCAAGCAACGAGGUAUCCGUAUCUGGUCAUCUGUAUUUUAAAAACUUGAUUCUGGAGCAUUUUUCAGAUCACUCCUAAUCUUUCUUUUCAGAGGGAAAUCCUGGGAUUUUAAUAUUUAGUGAUCAGUAUUUAUUUUCUUGUAUUUACUUUGUGUUAAAUAUCAUCAAUUUAUAAUUUUUUGAAAUGUGCUUUAAUUUGCAUUUUGUGUCAAACACGAAUAAAAUCUACAUUUUUCUGUAGAUUGGACAUUGGAGAUAGUGGGUCAUGUCACUGAAAUCCAAAGCAAUAACAAUGUGCAUACUUAAAUAUAAAUGCAUUAUAUAACUCACAUAUGGUGUAAUAUAGUUAUACAACUAUAUUGUUAUUCUAUGCUAUAGAUUGGUCUACAAAAAAACGAUAUUUAUGAUUGUUUCUUUUUUAUUUGUGGAUAGCACAGCUCUAAAGCUGUUAUAUGCCUUACACUGUUAACAAAAACUGCAUUACUGAAUUUAUUAUUGGAGACAGCUGUGUUUUUUAAGUUGAGGCUAGUCAGAAAGUUGUGCUUAUAGAAUGUUUUGAGAUGAUGUGGAUUAGCUAAAUGUAUAUAUUUUAAGUAUGUAUUCUGAGUUAUGUCAUAGCCACAUAACAUCUUAAAGGAGUGGCCAAUGUAAAGUUCUCAGUGUGUGUUUCCAUGUUGUUGUUUGCCAAAAUACUUCAUAGAACCACAUUUAAUAUUGUACAAGUGUUGAAUAGAUAAUUGUGUGGUGUUUCAAAGACUGGGAUAUCGUUUUAUCGGUCCUGCUGAGCACAUUUUAUACCUGAUUUUAAAGCCUUACGUUUAGUUUCAGUAUUGUAGUCAUGUAUUAUUGCAAACACUUUAUUUUGUCUGAUUGUAGUAGUUGUUAACUCAAUAAACACGAUUAUUUUC